GCCAGUAACCUCUAUUUCGGGGAACAGAAAUUGCAAGCAAGCAUGAAAUUUCCCUCAACAAAUUUUGAGAACAAUGUAUCACUGAUUGUUGGGAUUGCGUACAAGGAUCUCCAUGAAAUAGUUCUUACAAAACAAACCAUCAGAAAUAAAACAGGAAAAAGAAGGCUUUUGGGUUCCAGAAUAAUGGCUAUAGCUAUGGAUCCAAAAUCACACAAAUUGCAAGAAAAUAUCAUCAUCAAGUUCACAAACCUCGAGGUUUAUAAAGAGGGAGAGAAGAUAUGUGCGUUCUGGAGUGGCUUUAGCGAAAGCACCGACGGAUUUUCAGAGAGAGUAUGCCACGUUGUAACAUCCAAAAACAACUUACAUGGAAAAGACACAGUUUGCAGCUGCAAUCAUUUGACCCAUUUCGCCGUAUUAGUCGAUUACAACGGUAUCUUAGGGCUCACCAAGGAGGACAUAACCAUAUUGGAAAUUAUCACUUACGUUGGAUUAAGCCUUUCCAUGACGGGAAUAUAUUUGACAAUUAUUGUCUAUUCCUUCCUAACUGAUGUUCGUCAGCCUCUGUCUCAAAUAAGAUUGAGCCUCUCUGUGGCCAUUGGAGCUGGUCAGAUAAUCUUUCUUGCCGGGAUAAACGCCACGGAAAACGAAGGUGCUUGUGUUUCGGUGGCAGCUUUAAUGCAGUAUUUUCUGAUGGCCGCUUUCUGUUGGAUGCUGGUCGAGGGAAUUUAUCUCUACCUGUUUGUUGUGAAAGUUUACAACACCGCCGAAAAGAUGCACAUGUAUCACGUCAUCUCAUGGGGUUUGCCCAUGAUCAUGGUCAGUAUUUCACUCAGCAUCGCUGCUGCAAAAGAAGGAAUUCAAAGCUAUACCAGUAAUGAAUAUUGCUGGCUGUCCUCCACUAACAACCUAGUCUGGAUAUUUAUUGCAUUUGUGGCGUUCAUUGAAGUUCUCAACAUUUUGAUACUCGUCCGAGUCAUAAAAGAGAUGACUACAUUGGUACAGCCAAUGGGGGAAGAUGACCAUGUUCUUCAAAUACGACUUGGCCUAAGAACAUGCGCGGUGAUGGUUCCACUGUUGGGCGUUACAUGGCUGUUUGGUUUUUGUUACCAGUACAUAAAGCUUUCGCUUACAUUUUCACCAUCUUAAACUCUACACAGGGUUUCCUUAUUUUCGCCCUCCACUGUGUGCGAAACAGCCAGAUUAGAGAGCGAUUCAAAACGACUAUGAAUCGCAUUUUUCCAUACACCGCAAAUCAUGGGAACUCUGUAAAGAGAACCUCACAAAUCAAUCCAAGUGGCGCCAGCGAUAUGUGGGCAGUUGAAUUGCAGUCUUUCAACGAGUAACUCUUUAUGUGAGAAAAACCAUUCAAUCGACUUCAUAAUAGAGUUGACAAGGGUGGACCGUUGUUCAGUCACGAUAUGUCAAUUAAUUUAAGUCAUUCUGACUCAAAUCGUCGGUCAUUAUGAUGAUGUCAUGAAUGAUUACGUCGUCCGUAUAAUGCUGGCUAGAGUUGAGAUAACAACUGUUAGUCUUCUUUGAUCACGUACGUCACUCGUCUGAAACGGUCACUUAUGUUUUGAUUUCCGUUAGUCUCUUUUAGAGGUAACUAGAAUAGCUUGAAGCUGACGUUAUGAG